AUGAAAAUAUUUCUAAGUCCUUUUAGUUAUGUCCUAGAUAAAAACUCUAUAGGAAAAGGUUUCAGCAUUGAUGAUAUCAAUUGUCUAAAAAUAAUGUGUUUAAUUAUGUGCAAUCAAUUACCAAAGAAAAUAAUGUGUGAUGUUUGUUUAGCAUUUGGGUAUGGUUCAAAUGUCACAAAUGAACUAUUGUUUAGAGGAAAUAAAAGUAAUUGUUUCAAUACUUUAUUUUUACAUGAAGAAGCCAAACCCAUCAUAGAUUUCUUUGAAAUAGUUGAUAUUGAUUCACUUAAAAAUCAAUUUGGUUUAUAUUUUGUUAAAAAAAUUAAAUAUGGAGCAAUUUUAAAUUUAGUAAUCAAUCUACAAUCAUCUAAUAAGGAACUAAUGAAAAAAUUAGAAAAUAAUCUUGAAGAACUAAAAUCGUUAAACAUUGGAAAUGUAUUAUCUCUAAUCAAAAAUACAGACCAAUCACAAAUUAGAAUAACAACAAAUAUGGAUAUGGGUGGUAUUAUAAAUGAAAAUAUACCAAACUAUCAAAAUCUAGAUGAUUUAGAAUCAUUUAUUAGAUCAUUUAAUGAAUGUUCAGAAACAUCAACUCCUGUUGCCAUUAAAUUAUCAAAAAUCAAAUUAAUUUGCAGAGUUUAUAGAAUUUGA